GUUCUGCGCACUGUUCCGUUUCCCAAUCUCCGUUUCCCAAUCUGCUAGCCGAAGCUCUUCCCCUUCUCCUCCGUCCUGCCGUUGCUAUUGCUCGAAGCGGGGGUCGUCGAUGGCGGAGCAGUUGACGGAUGACCAGAUCGCGGAGUUUAAGGAGGCUUUCAGCCUCUUCGACAAGGACGGCGACGGCUGUAUAACAACCAAGGAGCUUGGGACUGUGAUGCGAUCAUUAGGGCAGAAUCCUACCGAAGCAGAGCUGCAGGACAUGCUCAACGAGGUCGACGCCGACGGCAAUGGAACUAUCGAUUUCCCAGAGUUCCUCAACCUGAUGGCACGCAAGAUGAAGGACACCGACUCCGAGGAGGAGCUCCGGGAGGCCUUCAGAGUGUUCGACAAGGAUCAGAACGGCUUCAUUUCCGCCGCCGAGCUUCGUCAUGUCAUGACCAACCUCGGGGAGAAAUUGACCGACGAGGAGGUCGACGAGAUGAUCCGCGAAGCCGAUGUGGACGGUGAUGGCCAGAUCAACUACGACGAGUUCGUUAAAGUCAUGAUGGCCAAGUGAGGAGAUGAUGCCGUAUGCUGUGUUAAUCUAUCUCAUUUCCCUAGAUCAUGCUUAAAUUCUUCUUGCAUUUUGACUGAUUGUUAUCUUUAUUAUGUGUGUGAAAUUUUACACAACUUCAAUUUCA